UGUUUAUAUUAUAAUGAAUUCUAGUAUCAUUAAUAUUGGCAUCUAUUAAAUACUUCUCAAUCGUGUUAUUGGGCAAGGAUGGCAUUCAACAACAUAUCUAUGUAUAAACACUUAGCAAAUCUAAAUAUAAUUGGUCGCUAAAAUCUAUUCGAAUACAAUAAUCCCUGAUGAUAUUGAAAUUAGUAAAAUAAAAGACUUAAAUCACGUUAAUAUUGUCUAAAUUUAUGAAGUGUACUAACAUAAUAAAGAUGUCAUUGUAAUUAUGGAAAAAUGUUACUCUUCUCUUAAAAAUGAACUAAAAUAACAAAAUGAAUAUCAAGAAAGUGAAUUAUUAAAAAUGUUAAGUUAAAUUUUAUUGGGAUAUAAUUAUUUAUGUAAUUCUGGAAUAGAAAUGAAUGACUUGAAACCAACUAACAUAAUGAUAGAUCAUAAUGAAAUAAUUAAAGUAUUAGUUUAUUCUAUUUGAUCAGCUUUCAAAUUAUGGUAUGAAAUGCCUUUAUAAGCAUUCAGAUAUGGAAAUUCGAGCUUAUGCUGCUCCCGAGAUAUUUUUUAGUAAUGAAUAAACAGAUGCUAAAAACAUUUUUUCUGUAUAAAAUUAUAUGAUUUUUUUAGUUAGGAUUAAUCAUGUAUGAACUAUUAUUCCAUCAACUUCCAUUUAAUUUAAGAUAGAAUGGAGAUGUGAUAAUGUUUUUAUAAAAAAUAAAAAAGGUUAAGUUGUUGUUGCCUGAUAAUGUAUAAAAUUAUUUUAAUAGAAUUGCCAAAGAAUAAGUGACUUAAUUUCUAAAAUGAUAUUAUUUAAUAAAUCUGAAAGAAUAAAUCGAGAGAAUUUGGGAGAAAUAUUAAUAUAGAACUUCAAAAGAGGAAAUAGAAGAAUCUUUAGUAUAUAACCCAUAGCUGCUCGAGCAGAUGAUUAUUCAUAUCCCUGA